GCAACACCUCCCCCUCCCGCUGCUACCCCAGCCGAGCGACGGUUCCCCCCCGGCGACCGCUCCAACAUCCCCCCCGGGGCGCAGCAACUCGUGAACCUUUUGAGUCAGGACAUGCAGCGGGUCGCAGGCAAAGCGCCAGCUGCAUUCGCGGCACAGGUCAAGGAUACCCAGAAGCGCUUGGGUCUGUUGUUUGAUCAUCUUAACAAUGGGGAGUUGGUGCAGCCGGAUACAGUGGAGCAGCUGACUAGGGUUGCGGAGGCGAUUACGGCGAGGGAUUUUGAGGGGGCGAGCCGGUUGCAGGCGGAGAUUAUUAGGGAUAAGGUUGAGGAGUGUGGGCAGUGGAUGGUUGGUUUGAAGAGGCUGAUUAGCAUGAGCAAGGCCACGCCGUGA